AUGGCGGAUCAAUACUGGCUCAACGAGCAGCUGAAGAAUGAUGAUGGCUUUGCCGCCAAUAACAAUUCACAACAAGAUGAUCAAUUAAUGUCGUCUUUUCUUAACUAUCUGGAUGGUGAUAAUAACAACAGUUCUAGUGGCAAUGGUACUGUUGAUAAUAGAAAUCAAGUCAAGAAUAAUAGUAAUGGUGCUUCUGGUGUUAAUAGUAGACCUUUAUCAACAUUUAAUCAAAAUGCUGGUAGUAUUGGUGGACCGGGAUCAAAUGAACCAUUUGUUGAUUUAGGCGUGAGUCCUUCUUCAAUAUUGAGUCAACAACAAGCAUUACAACAACAACAGAAUCAAGGUCCUCCAUUACAACAAUCACCUCAAUUGCAGCAAAUUCAACAACAGCAACAACAAAAUCAAUCUCAAAGGUCCAGUCAAGAUGCUAAUGCUUUAAUCCAAAGUUUAUUACACGAGAGAAAUAAUAAUCAAAAUAAUCAAUUCCCACAACAAGGUGUUCAACCUCAACAAAAUCAACCGAAUUUUAAUCAGAAUCAAGGAUUACCACCAAAUGUUUUUUCUCCUCCAACAAGUUCUCAAACAAUUCCUCCUCAAGUUCAACAACAACAAGUUCCAACACCUCAAUUACAACAACAAAAUAUUCCAAAUCAAAUACAAAACCAAAAUAUUCAACGACAAGGAACUCCCCAAUUCAAUAAUAUGAACAAUGUACCAUUAGAUAAAGCUGCAAUGAUCGCUGCACUUCAACAACGUAAUAAUCAAAAUCAACAACAACAGCAACAACAACAAUUCUUGCAACAACAAAUGAUGAAUCAACAACAGCAACAGCAGCAGCAACAACAACAGAAUUCAAUGUCACCAAACUUGAAUAACCAACCUAUAUCUAAUCAACAACAACAACAGCAUAUGUUUCAACAGUUACAACAACAACAAGCUUUGAGAUUACAACAAUUACAACAACAACAAAGACAACAACAACAAAAUUCAAUUGGAGGUCCUCUUAAUCAAACACCUAUGAGUCAAGAUAGUCGCGUUAACUCACCUAUGAUUUCAAAUCAAGUCCCAGGUCAAAAUCAAUUCAAUUCUCAAUUCUCUGCACCAAAUCAAAUUAGUCGUAAUGGAACACCAUUUCAACAAGCUCAACAACAAGCUCAGCAACAACAGCAACAAAGACCUCAAACUCAACCAAUGAAUAUGCAUCAAGUUCCUGGAUCUCAACAUCCAAGUGUUCCUAAUACUCCACAACAAGCACAAAGAGUUGUAUCAAACCCUCAACAACAAAUGCCACAACGUCCUUCUCAUGGUCAAAUUCCACAAAUUCCACAACAACAGCAGCAACAACAGCAAGCUCAAGGAAGUUUACCUGGAAGUGUACCUGGAUCUGGUAGUAUACCACAACAAAAUUUAACACCUGAACAAAUUCAACAAAGAAAGUUACAACAACAACUGAGUGCUACACAAAUUGAUUUGUUUAUGAAAACUUUGACAGACUUUAUGAGAAAUAGAGGUACACCAAUCACAUCACCUCCUUAUAUUUCUGAUAAAAGAAUACAUCUAUUUUUCUUUUAUGCUAUAGUUGCAAGAUUAGGUGGUUCUGCAUCAGUUUCAAGACAACAACAAUGGCCAUUUGUCGCACAGAAAUUAGCUUUACCAGUUGACCAAAACCACCAAGUUGCAAGAGAUUUAGCUAAAAUUUACAUUGAUUAUUUAUUACCUUUUGAACAAUAUGCAGGUACUCCUGAAGGUCAAAAAGAUUUACAAACUAGAAGACAAAAUAUUCAAAAACAACAUGAAGAUAUACUGAGACAAUUGAAACAAAGUCAACAAGGCCAACCACCUCAAGCUACUGUCCAACCACAUCAACCACAACAAAUACCUUCAACUCAACCUCAACCUACUCAAAUUCCAAAUCAACCAUCAACUCAACCUACUCCUGCUCAAAUACCUCAACAUAUUUCACCACAGAUCGCACAACAAAAUAUAAAUCAAUCACAAAUUCCAACUCCAACUCAACAACAAUUUCAAAAAGCUAAUAAUAUAGGAUCAAAUGCUGGCUCUAAUGCUAAUAGUCCAAUUGUUGCUCAACAACAUGCAUCUCCAUAUAAUCAACAGUUUGGUGGGUUACAACAAAGCCAAAGACAAAAGAGUGUAUCUCAAAUAGGUUCAAAUGUUAAUUCCCCAUUACCUCAACAACAAGUUCCACCCCAAGCUACUCCAGAACAACAAAUUCCAAUCCCAGAACAACAGCAAGAACCACCUUCUGAAACUGCAAAGCCAAAUGUGAUUAGAAAUUAUGUUCCUGAACAAAGAAUUAUUGAGCAACAUGCUGGUUAUGAUGUUAAAUCUUUGAAUCAAUUAGGUGAACAAAUUGAUGUUGCAAAACCAAUAUUUUUAUUUGCUCCAGAAUUAGGUGCUGUUAGUAUUCAUGCUUUAAUUAUGAGUUUAGAUUCAAGUGUCUCUAAUGAAGUUAACACUGCUUUGAAUACUGCUCUGGUUACAUCUGCUGAUAGUGGACUGACUAUACCAUUGAUUGAAUGUCCUGAAUUUUUAGAAUCUUUAGCAAGUUUAGGAUUGAGAACAUUGGAUCAACUAUUAAAUGGCACAAAUUCAAGAAAUGUUGUUGGUGUGGAAAAAGUUGAUUUAGAAAAUUUAGUUUCAAAGAAUUCAAAUAUCGAUGAUAUUUUUGAUAAAUAUGUUAAAGAUGAAGAUGAUGCUCAUGAAGUUGAAAUUCAAAUUGAUUCAUUUUCAGGAGAACAAAUUAGUGAAGAAGAUGAAGAAAGAAGUUCUAUCAAAGAAGAAACUGAUGCUAUAGUGGUUGAUGAAGAUGGUGAUGUUGAUCUGAAUAAUGAUGUUACAGUCCAAAAUGAUGAAUCAAGAUCUGGUAGUGUUACAGAUUUAAAGAUACCAUCAAAUUUCAAUAUACCACCGUACAUUGACAUGCUGAUUGCAGUUCGUCAUGAAAGUGAACAUCCAUUUAGUAAAAUUCAUACAAAGAGUGCUGAUGAUCCACAAGUUUUAUUAGUUGAUCAAUUGACGACAAUUUCAAUGGUCUUAAGAAACAUUUCAUUUUAUGAACAUAAUGCAGCUUCAUUAGCAGCGAAUGAUUACCUAAAAGAGUUUUUGUUCAAAUUAGUUGCAGCUAUUGCUUCAAACCCAGAAAAAUUCAUUUUCACAAGAAGAAGAUUAGGAUUUGUUAAAGAUGUCUUAAUAAUUCUAGUUAAUAUCUCUCAUUUAUUACAAUUAAGAAAUCAUAAUGAUGCACUUUUAAUUUUAAUUUUAGUUCUUUCAUUUGGCGCUGAACAAAAAUCUGAAGAUGAAUUAACAUUUGCAGAAUAUAAUCCUUCAUCACAUAAAUAUCAAAGUCAUGGGGUUGAUGUGCUAGCUAAAUUAUUGGUUCGUGAUCCACCAAAUAGACAGUUAUUUCAUGAAGUAUUGAGUGGUAAUUAUGAUUCAAAUACACCAUUUUCAGAAGUUGAAGAAAAUAAAAAACUUGCACAAAUUUAUACAGAAUCGGAUACUCCACAUAAAGUUCUUUUAUCAAAAGUUUUCAAAUAUUUGAUUUCUGUUAUACCAUUAACUAAUUUAGGACUGAAUACAAUAAUCCAAGAAAGAGAUGCGGCAAUUUUACAAUCAUUAAUUGCAUCUAUAUUAAUUAUUGAUAUUGUUCCAACAGAAGGGGAACAAAACUUAGCAUUAUCAUGGUUAAGUGGACCAGAAUGUGUUGGUAAUGGGUUAAUAAAAUUAGGUUUAGUUCUUGCAGCUGUUGCAUCCAAACCAGGUGAUAAUGAUGCGUUAAGAUUAAUUUCAGCUAGAGCUUUUACACUUGUUAAUUCCUUAAUUCAAAAAUCAAUUGAAUUCAUUGAUAAUGAUGAUGGUGAUUUAAGUCAUUUUAAUCAAACAAAGUUACAAUUACCUUCAGAUGCUGUUUUAGGUGCUUUGUUAACUUCAAUUGAUCCUUCAAUUUUGAAUCAAAUUUUAACAUUAUCAAAUUUUUUGAAAAAAAUAAAUUCAGCUGCUGUUAAAGUUGGUAAUUAA